AUGUCCAAACCCUCUCUGGUGUUACAGGAACCUGCUGAGAGUCCGGAAGCAUUUUAUACCCAUUUGAUUGAUGCAUACCGCAUGUAUACCCCUAUCGACCCACUAGACCCGGAGAAUGCUCGAAUGCUGACUAUGGCGUUCAUCUCCCAGAGCACACUGGACAUAAGGCGUAAAUUGCAGAGACUUGAGGGAGCUCUAGGGAAACCCAUGAGUGAAUUCAUGGAGGUGUCCAGAAAGGUCUUUGCUAAUAGGGAUAAGGAGGAGGAAAGGAGGAAGGAUCAAAAAAUGCAAGGAAAAGCUGAGCUAAUGGCAGCGGCCAUGAUGUGGACACCAAGAGGCAGGGGACUCAACCCACCAAGGGGCAGAGGAAAUAGUCUGCCGAGGGGCAGCAGGACAGAGUUAGGACGCAACCAGUGUGCCUACUGUAAGAAACAAGGACACUGGAAAGGGGAGUGUCCUGAAAGGAACAAGGAUGAAAGGCCAGAAGGCAGAUGUGGCCCUCCUCCAAGGAACCUCAGCUUUGUAGAAGAAUGGGAUUGAGGCCGACCGGGUUCAGAAAGCCUCCCAGAACCUAUGAUCAGGCUAAAUAUUGGAGGCAAACCUGUAACUUUCCUGGUUGAUACUGGAGCAACCUGGUUGGUUCUGACUCAGCCCUUGGCCCAGGCAUCCCAACAGACUAUCAGCAUCCAGGAUGCAACCGGAAGCAUACUGCAGCAUCCCUUUCUAGAACCCCUUGUAUGCACACUGAAGGGACAGGCCAUAACACAUCAGUUUGUAUAUAUGCCCGACUGCCCUAUUCCAUUAUUGGGAAGGGAUCUACUGUGCAAACUUCGGGCACAGAUCCCUUUUGAGGAGGAUGGGACCAUGAAAAUGGAAAAAAAGAAAAUGGAGUACGGGAAAGUAAACUUGUCUGUACCCCUAGAAGAGGGAUGGCGGCUCAUGGUCGCCAGGGACAUCGGAAAGCGGGGUGAGGAUAAAUGGAAGCAGUUUAAUGUUCCUCGGUUGUGGGCAGAGGACAUCCCCCCUGGCUUUGCUGCCCACCACCCUCCUAUUUUAGUGGAAGAAGCACCAAUGAAGGUGCCUGUGAGAAUCAGACAGCGGGCAUACCCUAGGCAUAUCAUGCAAGCCAUCCAGGACAUUAUUGAUCUAUAUUUGGAACAUCAUAUUCUAGUGCCUACUGUGUCACCAUGGAAUACCCCGAUACUACCCAUCCCAAAGGGGGAAGGCCGGUUUAGGCCGGUUCAGGAUUUAAAGGCCGUGAAUUUUGCCACAGUGACCAUCCACCCGGUGGUUCCAAAUCCAUAUGUUAUACUGGGCCUUAUCCCUCAAGCUGCCACAUGGUUCUCUGUUAUAGAUCUGAAAGAUGCCUUUUUCACAAUACCAAUACAUGAGAAUAGUCAACACUUAUUUGCUUUUGAAUGGGAAAACCCCACCACUGGUCGAAAGCAACAGUACACCUGGACCAGGUUGCCCCAAGGCUUUAGAAACUCACCAACUCUUUUUGGGGCUGCCUUAGCUAAAGAUUUAGAGGCAUUAAGCACACCACCCCCUGAUGUGGUGUUGCAAUAUGUAGAUGACUUAUUAGUUACUGGACACACUGAGGACACUUGCUGGAGCAACACGCAUGAGUUGCUGUCCCUUUUACAGGACUUGGGAUAUAAAGCCUCUCGGAAGAAGGCUCAGCUAGUAUCACAGAAAGUUCGAUACUUGGGUUAGGACAUAGAACAAGGAAAAUGUACCCUAGGCCAUGAGCGCAAGGAAGCCAUAUGCCAACUCCCCACACCUACAAAUCAGAGGGAUCUGAGAGGAUUCUUGGGGGCUGCUGGGUUUUGUCGUAUAUGGAUUCCCAACUUUAGUCUUAUAGUGAAACCCUUAUAUGAAGCUACAAAAGGAGCUGAUAGAGAGCCGUUACAAUGGGGAAAGCAGGAAGAAGUGAGCUUCCAAUCACUUAAGCAGGCUUCAUUACAAGCCCCUAGUCUAGGCCUCCCGGACUUGGAAAAACCAUUUCAGUUGUUCGUGGAUACUACACAAAAUGUAGCGGUGGGUGUCCUCACCCAAACUAUAGGAACAUGGCACCGCCCUGUAGCAUAUCUUUCCAAGCAACUUGAUAAUGUUGCAAAGGGGUGGCCCGCCUGCCUCAAGGCGGUGGCUGGGGCAGCCAUUUUAACUCAAGAAGCCAGUAAAUUAACAUUUGGACAACACCUAGAUAUCUACACCCCCCAUGCCCUAAAAUCUGUACUGGAAACAAAGGGCCACUUGUGGUUAACUAACCCUCGAAUGUUGAAAUACCAAGGACUCAUCACUCAAAACCCUCUGAUUAACAUCAUGCAAUCCACCACAUUGAAUCCUGCCACGCUACUGCCUGAACCCAAUACUGAACUUACUCAUGAUUGUAUCCAUACAAUAGAGGAAACAUAUGCUAGCCACGCAGACAUGACAGAUAUACCUCUCCCUACUCCAGAUUACACCUUAUUCACAGAUGGCACUAGCUACCUACAGGAGGGAAUAAGAAAGGCAGUAGUUACUCUAGAUGAUGUAUGGGAAGCAGAGCCCCUUCCACCUGGGACAAGUGCACAGCUGGCAGAAUUACAUGCACUAACCAGAGCCCUAGAGAUGGCCAAAGGGCUAAGAGUGAACAUUUAUACAGACUCAAAGUAUGCUUUCCUCACGGUCCAAGUCCAUGGAGCCUUAUAUAAGGAAAGAGGACUUAUCACUGCAGGAGGCAGGGAUAUUAAAUAUAGUUUCCAAAUACUACGUCACCUAGAAAGCGUAUGGGCCCCACAGGAGGUAGCAGUCAUGCACUGCCGGGGACACCAAAAGGUAGUCACAGACAUACAAAAGGGAAAUGAGAAGGCAGAUAGACUAGCACGUGAAGCUGCCCAAAAG